AUGAAACUCAACGCCCUUCUUUUAGCCGUUGCUGGCGCAGUCCGCGUCCAGAGUGCUGCAGUUUUCGCACAUUUCAUGGUGGGAAACACGGCCGAUUACACAGAAAGUACCUGGCGUACGGACAUUAGACUCGCCAAAGAAGCUCAUAUUGACGCCUUCGCCCUCAAUAUGGCCCAUGGAGAGCCCAUGAACGAGGUUUCUCUUGAGCGCGCUUUCAAUGUCGCCAAAGACGAAGGAUUCAAGCUUCUAUUCUCUUUCGACUACGCAGGGAGAGGUCCUUGGCCGAAGGAGACCGUCAUCAGCUAUCUGAAGAAGUACACAUCGAAAGCCGAGUACUUCAAGCACAGUGAUGGAAGGCCUUUGGUUUCUACCUUCGAGGGCCCUGGCAAUGCGAAAGACUGGAUCGACAUCAAAAGCCAAGUCAGCUGCUUCUUCAUUCCUGACUGGUCGUCUGAAGGAGCAAGGCCAGCGCUGGCCCUUGGAAACAACGUCGCGGACGGCCUCUUCAACUGGGCUGCUUGGCCCUGGGGUCCUCGAGAUAUGGACACUUAUGUCGACGCCUCGUACUUUCAAUACUUGGACAAGAGGCCGUAUAUGAUGCCUGUUUCGCCGUGGUUCUACACCAAUAUGCCCGGUUACAACAAGAACUGGAUGUGGCGAGGUGACGACAUAUGGCAUGAUCGGUGGAUUCAGGUCAUUUACAACCAGCCUGAAUAUGUCCAAAUCAUCUCUUGGAACGACUAUGGUGAAUCUCAUCACAUUGGUCCUCUUUACAGCCACGCCAUGGAGGCGUUCACGGUUGGGAAAGCGCCAUACAACUAUGCCAACAACAGACCUCACGAUGGCUGGGGUCAGACUCUACCGUUCUGGAUCGACUACUACAAGACUGGCAAAGCUACUGUAUCUCAAGAGAGUCUCGUUGUCUGGUACCGUACAAGCCCAUCCAGCGCCUGCUCUGACGGUGGCACCGUCGGUGUCAGGCCUCGCCGGUCAGGCCUCGUCGGUUAA